AUCGAAACACCUCUAUGCAUAAACAAGACACAACUUGCGCACACCUAACGCGACAGCCGACGGUUACGGACGACAUUUUCCUUAAAACAGAUUAAUCAAUCAACGAACAAAAUGGACACACCGAACACUUGCGAAUCGAUCACGCAACAUUGUAUGAAAACAAUUCUUGAUCAGAAAAGAGUUUCUACUCGACUUGAUAGUGAUAUGACAAGAAACAAAACUGAAAGAAAAAAAGUAAAUUGGUUUCACGUCAGUGAACUUAAACUGUACGUUACAGUAUGCUAUGCUGCACGUACUUCAGAUUCCGGCUCCGGUAUGGCAGAUCUCCUGGCAAAAGUAUUUUGUGAUAAAUCUUUGUGCCCUUUAUUUAUAUACGAAUUACAAAUGCAGCAAAAGAUUUUGCCGAAGAUCGAGUUUUUGUUAGACUCACAAAUAGGCCCAGAAUAUUACUAUCAUUCAGGAAACUUUAGAAUUCUUUUUCUGAAGGAUCUGUUGAAACAAGGAUAUCAAGUAAAAUCAUUCAAAAAAGGUUUGAAUUUGACUGACUGUACCGAAGCAAUAAAACUUAUGGCCAAAUUACACGCAGCCUCGGUGGCUUUACAUGAACAGGAUCCUGAGUUAGUAAAGUCAUGCAGAAGCGACAAAUUUUUGACACAACCUUUAUGCAAAAAUAGAUUGCAAAUAUUUCAAUACGCUUUGAUGAUAGCAAGUGAUGUUAUGGAACAGAUUUAUCCGGUAAUCGCGGCUAAAAUAGAAAGCGUACUUAAUAACCUUCACAAUAUAGAUCAAAUCAUCGAGCUGUUUAGUUACGAACCCGAAGAAUUUUGUGUUCUAAAUAAUGGAGACUUUUCCACUAGUAACUUACUCUUUCCUGACAACAGCAGUCUACCUCUUUUACUGCAACAUUAUCAAAUGGCCACCUAUUCAUCGCCUGCUAUUGACUUGCAUCACUUCUUAAACACUUCACCGGAAACUGCCGUGAUACAUGAUCACGACGAGGAACUGUUACAACAAUAUUUGGAGACUUUGACGGACACAAUGAAGGCGCUCAACUGCACGACAACACCACCCACAAUGAAACAGUUGAAAGCGGCUAUGCGAAAGAGAAAAUUAUACGCCGUGUUAGUAGGUAUAACAUUUAGGUUAAGUAGGAUGACGGAUAUAGCAAAACAAAACGCAGAAACUAUUGCACACAGCGAUAAUCCGUACGCAAAACUUGCUAAAAAGAUGUGUUUAGCUAUGUUUCACAGAGGGUACUUUGAACAAGUGACUGUCAUGAUCAUUUAGAUACAUCGGAAUUAAGCGAUGAAAUAUGAAAAAUAUUUUCACUAUUUUACUUCGAUGUUUAAUACGAAAUAAUGGUACAUAAUGAGACAGAUAACCAUGGAUUACUUCUAUGUAUUCCUUUUUUUUUAUAGUUUAUAUGAGUUUUAUGUGUGCUGUGUGAAUAAUGUAUUUCAUGUUCGUAGUCGCGAUAAAUAGAAAGACACAUUACUAAGCGUAACAAGAAAAUAUCAAGCAACUAAUAAAUCUGGAAAAAGAUGAGAGAAGUACUAUUGUGCUGUAGUUUUCUGCACCUAAUUAGUAAAUGCAACAUUUUUUAGGUAAGCAGGAACCGCACUCACAUAAGUUAAAUUGUUAUCUCAAUUUAACUUAUUGCGUGUGGUUUUAUAACGGUUAAGAAAAAUACAAUUUUAGCAAUGUACAGGUGGAAGAUUGACAUCAAAGAAAAAUAUACAGUGAAAGUUGUAUUUCUGUUUGUUAAGAUAUUUAGUGUCUCCGUGUAAUGUGUUAGUAACGGUUGGUCCCCCUAAAGUUAUUUUCUCCGCGAGAGAAAGAAUAAAAAUAUAUAGAGAAAUCUUGUCUCCCGACAAAGUAACAAAACAUACGUCCGGAACUGAAAUGUUUCUUCGUGCUGUAAUGAUACACUAGAAUGGUCCCACAUUCAGUUUUGCAUUAUAGAAUGAAUGUCGCUGUAUUGUAUUCUUCUAAACAUUAUUCUUAUUAACUAAUAAAAAUGUUGCUAUUUUCCG